GUGGUGACGCAGCAAGAUGGCGGCGAGGCAGUUGGUGGGAGCGGCGCAGCGCGGCCUGAGCCUGAGUCGGGCUCUCGGGCGCUCAGCGCCCGUCAGGACCAUGGCCGCCGGCGGCGGUAUUCCAACUGAUGAGGAACAGGCAACUGGGCUGGAGAAGAUCAUCAUGCAGGCUGCUCUGAAAGGACAGGAUCCUUACAACCUUUUAAAGCCCAAGGAGUAUGCUGGUACCAAAGCGGACCCUCACAUUGUGCCGUCCAUUACAGACAAGAGGAUUGUCGGGUGUGUCUGUGAAGAGGACAACACUGUAGUCAUAUGGUUCUGGCUGCACAAAGGGAAUCCUUGCCGAUGCCCCUCCUGUGGGUCCUAUUACAAGCUUGUGCCCCACCACCUCCCUCACUGAUGCAACGCAGAAAGGUCGCAGGUUGUGGUUGAGUUGACCCUGAUUGACAGCUGUCACUUAAUAUUUAUGGUUUGGGACCCAAAUUGUAACUGCUCUGAGAACAGUGUCAUGUACUGUAUGUACAUAGAUUAAUCAAUCUAUCAAAUAAACUUCUAAAACGUU